AACAGACAAAGUUUAAAGGUCGUCGGGUGUGAGAGCUGGCAACUGUUUAACCGGAAGAUAAGAAGCUCGAGGAGACAAACCCACCGGCGACCGCUGCCUCGAGCCCACCAAGCCUCAAGCUUUCAAGCCCUUUUGACCGGAGCCCAGGUAAGACUCGCAACUUCGGGGUGGCGCCUUCAGAAGGAUUGCCUGUAGCGCUGGUGGGGGGGGGGGUGCUUGGUUUUGGCUUUCAUUGUCUUCUGUGAACAGUUUUAAAUUGUGGGGGAGUGGGGAGGAAUCCAAGAAAGUUUCUUGUCUUGCAGUUGCCGUCUGCACGUGGCGGGACGACGAGACGACAAAAGAAGAAGAAGAAGAAGCGGAAGGCAGCAUGUGGAGGAAGUUGCGGAAUGCGGCAUGGAACUAUCGGCGUUUGCUCUUCAUGUUGGCGACGCCGCCGCUGUUGCUUCCUCUUCCUCUCAUGAUCGCCACCAAGGAGUCGUAUUGCGCCUUCGUUCUUCUUCUGAUGGCCAUCUUCUGGACCACCGAAGUCAUCCCGCUGCCCAUCACCGCCAUGUUUCCCGCCAUCCUCUUUCCCGCGUUUGGCAUCAUGACGUCGUCGCAGGUGGCGACGGCGUACUUCAAGGACUUCCACUUCCUGCUGAUCGGCGUCAUCUGCCUGGCCACCUCCAUUCAGAAGUGGGGGCUCCACCGCAGGGUGGCGCUGCGACUGGUCGGCGCCGUGGGCGUCAAGCCGGCCUGGUUGACGCUGGGAUUCAUGUCGGGCUGCGGCUUCCUCUCCAUGUGGGUGCACAACACCUCGGCCGUGACCAUGGUGAUGCCCAUCGCCGAGGCCGUCCUCCGCCAGAUCCGGAGAGCCGGCGAAGGGGGCCGCGGGGAGCACGACGACCUGCAACUGGCUGUGGUCCAUGUUGACAAGGACAAUGAAGCUGUGGGGGAUGAGCAGAAACCUCCAGAAGAAACAUCGUCAUCAUCAUCUUCAUCAACAUCAGAAGCCACUCAGGCGGCGUGUGUGACGGCGCCCCCUAGCGAACCGAUGGUGGCCAAGGCCAUGUGCAUCGGCGUGGCCUACGCCUCCAACAUCGGCGGCAUCGCGACCUUGCCGGGAACGUCGCCCAACCUCAUCUUCUCCGAGUACCUUCACCAGAUUUACCCGGAAUGCCGCUGCGUCGACUUUGGCAAGUGGCUGGCGUUGUGCUUGCCCGUCAGCGCGCUGGCGUUGCUGCUCACGUGGGCGUGGCUCUGCUGGCUCUUCAUCGGCUCCGACCUGCGGUUGCUAUGGCGAUGCCGAGGCCAACUCUCCCAGAGGGAAAAAGCCGCAAGAAAAGUCAUCCGAGACGAGUAUGCGGCGCUGGGACCCAUGAGUGGUCAGGAGGUGUUCACUCAGGUGGUCUUCUGCCUGAUGGUCUUGCUGUGGUUGACGCGAUCGCCGGGUUUCGUUCCGGGCUGGGCCGCCUUCUUCCCGCGUCAUGCCGGCUACGUGACCGACGCCACCGUGGCCCUGGUCCUGGGAGUCCUCUUCUUCCUGGUGCCCGCCCACGGACCCUCGCGGAAAUAUGAGAGUAUGAUCUCCUGGGAGGAGUUCCAGGCCUCCAUGCCGUGGAAAGUGGCCCUUCUGGUGGGCGGAGGCUUCGCCCUGGCCGAAGGCACAAAGGAGUCCGGUUUGUCCCGGUGGGUGUCAGAGCUACUGUCCCCUCUCGGCGAUCUCCCCCCACUGGCCACUGUGGCUGUAGCUUGCAUCAUCGUCACCAUGGUAACCGAGCUGGCCAGCAACGCCACCACCAUCACCAUCUUCCUGCCCAUCCUCUCGCCUCUGGCCGAAGGCAUUCGCGUCAACCCCUUGUCGGUAUUGAUCCCGGCCACGUUGUGCACGUCCUUCUCCUUCCUGCUGCCGGCGUCCAAUCCUCCCAACGCCGUGGUUUUCGCCUACGGACACUUUAGCGUGGCAGACAUGGUGAAGGCAGGACUGGGUGCCAACGUGAUCGGCCUCCUCGUCGUCUUAUUGGCCGUGAGCACCUGGGGCGUGCCUUUGUUCUCACUGGAUACGUAUCCCGAUUGGGCGCCGCCGUUCAACGCCACCGUGCCGUGACAGGCGCAGCUCGCAAUCACCUUCAUCUAUUUUGCCCUUUUGUUUGCUUAUUUUUUUUCCCUCUUCGCUUUUGAGGCAAUACCACUAGAACGGACACGAAGAGACAAGCGUUGGAUAAAUUGUACAGUGUAAGUGCAAGAACUGCAGUUCAGUGAACCCACCACAAUAUUGCAGUUCACUUUUCACAGUCCCAUUGGAUCACCGAUUUUUUUUUUUUUUGCAAAUAUUCUUAGAGUUAUUGUUUUGUUUUUUUUAUACUGUUUGUACAAUAUUUUGUGUCAUUCAUUGCUCUUGCUCUACCUCAAAAUAUUAUGUGUUUAAAUUUGUUGUUUGAAAAGUGUUUCAAGACUUUCACCCUUUUUUUCUGAGAGUCAUAAAUGCUAUAAAAACAUGUAUAGGGUGUAUUUGAGUCAGGCAUUUCUGAAUGACGGAUUUUAACUUACCACAAGGAGGUCUGGGAGGUAACCGUGUGAUGGAUAGGAUUUGACGGUCGACAAGGCCUUGGGACUCAUUCGAGAGCCGCUCUUGCACAAAAUAUUCAGCCUAUUGAUCAAUGUCCCCAGGUGACAACAGUUCAAUUUUGGUGUUUUGUAUCACGGUCAAACGGACAGAUAAUCGGAUGAACCAAAAUUCCCAUCAAGUAAACCAAAAACAAAAGCGAGGUAAUUGUUUUGGGCAAUAAAGAAAAUAGCAUUGCUGUUAGGAAACACGGAGAAUACCGUUUUUUAAAAUUUUUUUUUG